AGGAGUAUGUGUGAAAUGAGUUUAAACAAUUGGAAAAGGGAGUCUGGAUAUCUCAGGAAUGCAUUAGAUUGAGUGUGAGAUUUUUUUAGCCCAGGCAAGAGAUUAAGUUGAUAUGAAGUGGGAGUCUGGGCAUCACUGGAGUGGGUUAGGGUGGGUCUUUUUGCAAAGAAUAGGGGUUAGGUUGAUAUGAACAGGGGUAUCUGGGCAUCUCUGGAAUGGGUUGGGCUAGGAUUGAGUCCUUUUGUAAAGAUGUGCUUAGGUUAAUAUGAAGAGGAGGCAUGGAUAUUUCUAGAAUUGGUUAGGGUGGUGGGGAUCUUUCUUGCAAGGAAGAAAAUGUUAGGUUAAUGUGAAAAGGGUGUCUGUAUCCAUGAAUGGGUUGGGGUGGUGGGAGUGGUGUUUGUAUGAAGAGGAGGGGUUUAAGUAAAUGUGAAGAGGGAGUCGGGGUAUACCAAAGGGGAUUAGAGUUGUAGGUGAGGUCUGGGUGCAAAGGAGAGAGAUUAAAUUAAUGUGAAGAGGAUCCAGGUACCUUGGGGAUGUGGGUUAGGUUGGUAGGAAGGGUCUAGGAAUGCAGAAAGGAUUAGGCUUCUGGGUAUUCUUGAAUAGAGGUUAGGAUUGUGGGAGAGGGCCUUGAUUUGGGGGCUGGGGUUAAAUAAUUGUGAAGGGACUGAGUCUUGGUAUCAUGGGGAAGUGGUUAAGGUGGGGAAAGCCUGGGUGUAGAGAUGGAUUAGGCCAGUGUGAGAAAUUUGACUGGGGGGAGGGAUAGUUUGAUAUGGGGAAUCUGGACACCAGAGAGAGUUAGUGGGUAGCAGGAGUUGGGUGUAAAGAAGAUGGUGCUAAGGGUGGGCAUUAAGUUGUCUGGGGCUGAGAACCAAGGAGAAGAAGCAGGACUGUGGGAGGAGUCUGGAAGUGCAAAGUGGGUGGUGACGGCCUAUGUGAGGACCCUCCUGAGGGGGUGGGAGGCGUGCUAGGGUAGUGUGGGUUGAUAAGGAGCCGAGUCAGUGGAAGGAUGCCUGAGUGGAGAGUGACCAGUUUCUUGUGAGGGGUGGAGCCUGAGGUGGCCUGUGAGGCUUGGGCCUAGGAGGGGAUUGGACAGGUUACCAGGAUCUGGUAGGUGGAGUUUUAAUGAGAGUUGAUUCAGAGCCCAGGGCCUUGCUGCCGCCAUGACAGAGGAGUCUGAGGAGACCGUCUUGUACAUUGAGCACCGCUAUGUCUGCUCCGAGUGCAAUCAGCUCUAUGGAUCCCUGGAGGAGGUGCUCAUGCACCAGAACUCUCACGUGCCCCAGCAGCAUUUUGAGUUGGUGGGCGUGGCUGACCCUGGAGUCACUAUGGCCACAGAGGCAACCUCGGGCACGGGCCUCUAUCAGACCCUCGUGCAGGAGAGCCAAUACCAGUGCCUGGAGUGCGGGCAGCUCCUGAUGUCACCCAGCCAGCUUCUGGAGCACCAGGAGCUGCACCUGAAGAUGAUUGCACCCCAGGAAGCAAUGCCAGCUGAGCCGCCCCCCAAGGCACCUGCCCUGAGCACCAGCACCAUCCACUACGAGUGUGUGGAUUGCAAGGCUCUCUUCGCCAGCCAGGAGCUCUGGCUGAACCACCGGCAGACACACCUCCGGGCCACGCCCACCAAACCUCCAGCCCCAGUUGUACUGGGGUCCCAAGUUGUCCUAGGGCCCCCUAUGGGUCAGGCCCGUGUGGCUGUGGAGCACUCGUACCGCAAGGCAGAAGAGGGUGGGGAAGGGGCGACCAUCCCCUCUGCUACUGCCACCGCUACUGAGGUGGUGACUGAAGUGGAGCUUCUCCUCUACAAGUGCUCUGAGUGCUCCCAGCUCUUUCAACUGCCAGCCGACUUCCUGGAGCACCAGGCCACCCACUUUCCUGCUCCCACCCCAGAGUCCGAGGAGCCUGCCUUACAGCAGGAGACCCUGACCCCAUCACCUGCAGAAGUGCCUGUGUCUCAGCCUGAUCCCCUGCCAGCCUCUGACCACAGUUACGAGCUGCGCAACGGGGAAGCCAUUGGGCGUGAUCGCCGGGGUCGUAGGACCCGGAGGAACAAUAGUGGAGAAGCGGGCGGGGUGGCCACCCAGGAGCUCUUUUGCUCAGCCUGUGAUCAGCUCUUUCUCUCGCCUCACCAGCUACAGCAGCAUCUGCGGAGUCACCGGGAGGGUGUAUUUAAGUGCCCCCUGUGCAGUCGUGUCUUCCCUAGCCCUUCCAGUCUGGACCAACACCUUGGAGACCACAGCAGCGAGUCCCAUUUUCUAUGUGUGGAUUGUGGCCUGGCCUUUGGCACAGAGGCCCUUCUACUUGCCCACCGUCGAGCCCACACCCCGAAUCCACUGCAUUCAUGUCCGUGUGGAAAGACCUUCGUCAACCUUACCAAGUUCCUUUAUCACCGGCGUACCCACGGGGUGGGGGGUGUCCCUCUGCCUAUGACACCAGUCCCACCAGAGGACCCUGUCAUCGGUCUCCCUGAGCCAGCCCCCACAGAGACUGGAGAGCCAGAAGUCCCAGAACCCCCCGUGUCUGAGGAGAGCUCAGCAGGGCCUGCUACCCCAGGCACCUACCGCUGCCUGCUGUGCAGCCGUGAAUUUGGCAAGGCGUUGCAGCUGACCCGGCACCAGCGUUUUGUCCACCGGCUGGAACGUCGCCAUAAGUGUGGCAUCUGUGGCAAAAUGUUCAAGAAGAAGUCUCAUGUGCGUAAUCACCUGCGCACACACACAGGUGAACGGCCCUUCCCCUGUCCAGACUGUUCCAAGCCCUUUAACUCACCCGCCAACCUGGCCCGCCACCGGCUCACGCACACAGGAGAACGACCAUACCGAUGUGGGGACUGUGGCAAGGCUUUCACACAGAGCUCCACGCUAAGGCAGCACCGCCUGGUACAUGCCCAACACUUCCCCUACCGCUGCCAGGAAUGUGGUGUGCGUUUUCACCGCCCCUACCGCCUGCUCAUGCACCGCUACCACCACACAGGCGAGUACCCCUACAAGUGUCGUGAGUGCCCCCGCUCCUUUUUGCUGCGCCGGCUGCUGGAGGUGCAUCAGCUGGUGGCCCAUGCUGGGCGCCAGCCCCAUCGCUGCCUGUCCUGUGGAGCUGCCUUCCCCUCCUCGCUGCGGCUCCGGGAGCACCGCUGUGCAGCUGCUGCUGCCCAAGCCCCACGGCGCUUCGAGUGUGGCACCUGUGGCAAGAAAGUGGGCUCAGCUGCUCGGCUGCAGGCACAUGAGGCGGCCCACGCAGCUGCUGGGCCUGGAGAGGUCCUGGCUAAGGAGCCCCCAGCCCCUCGGGCCCCACGGGCCACUCGCACACCAGUUGCCUCCCCAACGACCCUCGGAGGCACUGCUUCUGGAGCCCCUUCGGCCCCUGCCCGACGCCGGGGUCUGGAGUGCAGCGAGUGUAAGAAGCUGUUCAGCACAGAGACGUCACUGCAGGUACACCGGCGCAUCCACACCGGUGAGCGGCCGUAUCCAUGUCCGGACUGUGGCAAGGCCUUCCGCCAGAGCACCCACCUGAAGGACCACCGGCGCCUACACACAGGGGAGCGGCCCUUUGCCUGUGAAGUGUGUGGCAAGGCCUUUGCCAUCUCCAUGCGUCUGGCGGAACAUCGCCGCAUCCACACGGGUGAACGGCCCUACUCCUGUCCCGACUGUGGCAAGAGCUACCGCUCCUUCUCCAAUCUCUGGAAGCACCGCAAGACGCACCAGCAGCAGCAUCAGGCAGCUGUGCGGCAGCAGCUGGCAGAGGCGGAGGCGGCAGUCGGCCUGGCUGUGAUGGAGACUGCGGUGGAGGCACUGCCCCUGGUGGAGGCCAUUGAAAUCUAUCCUCUGGCUGAGGCAGAGGGUGUCCAGAUCAGCGGCUGACUCUGUCCCUUUUCCCUCUUCAACACCACUGUGCCCUGUGGCCGGAGAUCCUCCUCCAGCAUCCCCUUAAAUCUCUGUACAUACUGUGCGCCUUCCCUCUCCCCUCCCAACUGCCGUGAAGUUCUGUAACUGGAUUUGUUCUCCCCAAUGAGGGGUGUGUUCUGGGGCCCUUGACAUGCAUAAAGAUGCCCCCCACACAUGAACACACACCUUUUACCUGUUAGCACUGGUGGCCCCAGGGUGAAGUAGUCAAUAAAGACGAGUUGGAUAUUUA